AGAAACCACGUAAACAAAGCUGUCGGGGGAGCAGACACUCGGAGAUCGGAGCUAACUUGCAUUUCUGACGAACAGGGAAUUGAUUUCUCCCUGUAGGGUAUUGUUGAGGAAUUAAUCAAUCCUCUGAUGUGUGAAUUUUAAGAGUGGAGUUUAGCAGGGUUCUACAAAUAGUGACAGCGCUGAGCCACGACCCGGCUCUCUUACGCGGCUUGGAUGCUUCCGGGUGCCGCCCCACCCUUGGGCUCCACGUGGUGGGCAGCGUUCGGCGCAGGUCCUGCGUGGACUUCUCCAGAGUUGGGAUGGAGGGUACCUCGGCCUGUGGUGCCACUCGGUUCUCCUGCCCACCCCACUUCACGGCGAUGUCUCCAGACUCGGAUCCCCCCCGUUUCUCCUUGGAGGCGCUUACAGGUCCAGAUACGGAAGUGUGGCUUAUCCGAGCCCCUGCAGACUUCGCCCCACAAUGCCUCAAUGGGCGGCGUGUGCCUCUCUCUGGCUCCAGGACUGUUAAGGGCAAACUGGACGGCAAGAAGCACCGAUACCGGGUCGUUACCAGCGGCCCCCAGGCUGGGGAAGCCACCUUGCUCACAUCUUCAAUGGAGGCAGGUGGCAGGCUCGCCUGUGCCCCCGCCCCCAACGGAAGCUUAAGGAUUAUGGAGGGUCCUCAGGAAUAUCUUAUCUCUCGGGUCCCCCUGCAGCCGAUCCCCACAAGCCUGCCACCUCAGAUCCCUGCUGGCCUGCGGCCUCGCUUCUCUGCCUUCGGAGGCAGCCCUCCUGUCACAGGGCCGGGUUCAGCCUCGGCUCUGAGGUCCCCCACUUCAGGGAAGAGGAAAAAGAAGAGAAAGGAUGCAGAGGCCUCAGACACUCAGGAGGCCGUGAACAGGCACGAGGCCAUGAAAGUGGAAACAGCCUGGGGUGACCUAGGAAUGGAUGUGAAGAAGAAGAGAAAGAGGCAUCACGUGGAUGAGGAGGCAGAGGCUAAGGGGCUGGAGCCCGUGGCUGAGCUGGCCGAGCUGCCAGUCCCCUCUGCCACCAGCAGCAAGAAGAGGAAGAAGUCCAAGGGGGCAGAGACACUCCAGGCGGAAGAGGAUCCGGGGCACAUGGAACCCGUGGCUCAGACAGAGCCUCCUGAGGGGCCCUUCCUGUCUCCUACCAAAAAGAGAAAGAGGCAGAAAGAAGCUGAAGGGGUAGAGGAAGUGGAUGGCACCAUGGCUGACUCUCAGCCACAGGUCACUGUGGAACCCCACGAGGAAACCAUCCUACUGUCCCCCACAAAGAAGAGGAGAAAAGAAAAGAGACAGAAUUUGGUGAUGGAGGCAGAGAUGGGCCUCCCUGGAGUGCUCAUGGAGACGGAGCUUUUAGAACCAGGGCUUCAGGCUGAAGUAGCUCCUGUGUCCCCCAAGAAGACAAAGAAGAAGAAAAAGGGGAAGUGUGUGGAUGAGGCACUGGCCGUGGCAGCAGAGGCGACAGAGGCUGCACUUCCAGCUGAUUUUGAGCCCCACGGGGCUCCAGUACCCAGCAAGAAAAAAGAGAGAGGACAGAAAGCAACAGAGCCUGGGUCUGAGGUGACCGACCCAAGACAAUCUGAGGAACCAGAGCCCAGGGCAGGUCAGGGAUCCCCCAAGAAGAAGAAAAAGAAGGAUCAGGAAAGUAGGGUACAAAACACCAUUCCCCACUGAGAGAUGUCUCCCACGGGACAGGAGGAGCCAUCACACCACCCUGAGGAAGGGGAAAGGGAGGAACUUGCAGGGCUAAGGUCAGACAUCAGCGGUGUAGCCGCUCCCUGCUCCCUCCCCAAGCAAACAUGCACAACCACAAGAGCCUGGGCAUGGAAAUGCUUUAUUGUGUGACACGGGGCCUCGGUGGCAGGGGGUCAUCGGGGCACUUUGAGGAAGGGUUCAUGUAGUACUUCAAAAAGCCUGCGGGCCUGAAGGCAAGGGGAGAGGAGAACUUGUCAUUAAAGAUGCUGUUUGCCUGCUCUGUU